AUGGCUGUUGCCUUAGCCAACCUCAAUCAAGGUCCGACUAUUGACUGGGAUUGUGGGCCUGAACUUUAUUCGAGGUAUCGGAAAUGGCGUCAAAAAUGCCAAAUGAUCUUCGACGGUCCUUUACAAGACACUGCAGAAGCGGUUAAGUGCAAGUAUCUUCUGAUAUGGGCAGGAGAUAGAGGACUUGAUUUGUUCAAUUCAUGGGGGUUAACCGCCGAUGAACAGAAACUUUUAGAGAACUACUGGAAAAAGUUCGAAGAAUUCGUUAACCCACAUGCCAAUUACCUAGUUCAUAGAUUCAAACUACGCCGAACUAUUCAGAAUGAUCGUCCAUUCGAGGAGUUUCUGACGGAACUCAGGCUGCUUGUUGCAGACUGUGGUUAUACGGGAGACACAAAGGCAGAAAUGCUAAGAGAUUCCAUCGUAUUCGGUGUCCGUGAGGAAAAGGUUCGAUCAAAAUGCAUCGAGAAAGGAAAUACUCUCACAUUGAAUCUAGCCAUCGAAUAUGCGCGUGUUGCAGAAGCAACCAAACUGAAAUCUAAAGAAAUGGACCCAACCAAGGAAGUCCAUGCUUUUCGCAAAGGAGGACACAAAUCUCAUAGUCACGGCAAAUUCUUCCAGAAGGACACGAAAAACCACGAUUCAAGAAAAUCUGAAGGAUUCAGGAAACCAGCCGGACGGGGCCAGAUGUGUUACUUUUGUGGAUCAAUCGAAACCCAGUCCGAUAAAAAACCAGUGGAUAGUGUUCAUGCAGCAUCCGAGAUAAUCCGAAAAUUCGCAGUCACUACAAAGCCAUUCCACAAACAGUAUGCAUCCAUUCAGUGUAAGCUCGAUACUGGUGCUGCAACCAAUGUGAUACCAAAGUCAGAGUAUCGCAGACUAUUCCCGCCAAAUCAUAACCUGACUCCGCCAACCGCAAAACUUGUUGCUUAUGGAGGCACAGAAAUCGCAAAUCAUGGUUCAUGUACGCUUUACCUGAGACACAAUGGCAAGAAGGAACCUAUCAUCUUUGAUGUAACUGAUUCAGGUGGGACUAUAAUCGGUCUCAAGGCUUGCCAGACCCUUGACCUUAUACGUGUCACUUGCGAAAUCAAACCGAAACAUCACAAACCACUCACAAAGGAAUAUGUUGUAACUGACUACAAAGAUGUAUUCACCGGGAUCGGUUCAUUUCCUGGUGAACCUUAUCAUAUCGAACUAAAGGACAGUGCUACACCAACCAUACACCCGCCACGCGCUGUUGGAAUUCAUCUUCAAGAUGGAUUCAAAUCUGAGCUGGAGAGAAUGGAAUCUCUCGACGUACUAGCAAAGGUAGAGGAACCGACCGAAUGGGUCAACUCAUUUGUCAUCGUCGACAAAGGUCACGGAAAAGGCCUACGAAUCUGCCUUGAUCCGCGCGAUCUUAAUGAAGCAAUCAAGCGUGAACAUUACUACACUCGUACGAUAGACGACAUAGCACCUAAACUUGCCGGUGCCACCCAUUUCUCAGUCGUUGAUGCCCGUUCAGGGUAUUGGAUGGUACGAUUGGACGAGCAAUCAUCGCUGCUGACUACUUUCAGCACACCUUUUGGUCGCUAUCGCUAUAAACGCCUUCCUUUUGGCCUCAUUGUAAGCCAAGACAUUUUUCAGAGGAAAAUGGAUGAGCCCUUUGGUGACUUAGCGGGCGUAACAGGUAUCGCCGACGAUAUCUUUGUGUUCGGAGCUGGUGAAAAGGGACAUGAUAACAACUUCAUUGAACUGUUAGAAUGUGCCAGAGAGAACAAUGUCAAAUUCAAUCUGGAUAAACUGCAAUUCAAGAUUCCAGAGACCAAAUUCUUCGGUCACCAGUGGACAGCUACUGGUAUGAAGCCUGAUCCAGCGAAAGUCCGCGCAAUCACCGAAAUGUCGCCGCCAACAUGCAUACAAGACCUACAAUCAUACUUAGGUCUAGUAAACUACCUAAAUCGUUUCAAUGCUAGUAUCGCAACCAUUGCUGCUCCACUUCGCGAUUUGACUAAGAAAGAAAUCAGCUGGCAAUGGAACCCUGAGCAUCAAGCCGCCUUUGAUAAACUCAAGGGCAUCAUCAUUUCUGCUGAUGCUUUAGCAUACUUCGAUCCGAAGAAGCCAAGUGUGCUGCAAACAGACGCAUCACUCCGUGGGCUAGGUGCUGUGUUGAUGCAGGAUGAAAAGCCUGUAUGUUAUGCGUCCAGGACACUUUCAGAGACUGAACAAAAUUACAGUAACAUCGAACGAGAACUACUCGGGGUAGUGUGGUCUUUAGAAAGAUUCAACCAUUAUGUGUACGGCAAACAUGUAAUCGUCCAAACGGACCAUAAACCAAUCGUUGCCGCUGCAAAGAAGCCGAUAUCGAAAUGUAGUCCACGACUACAACGGUUACUUUUGCGCAUGUCAAAGUAUGACGUAGCAGUUGAAUAUCUUCCUGGAAAGAAAAACGUGAUCGCUGACCCCCUAUCAAGGGUUGAUCCAAACCGUGAGUUGAAUUCGCCAGAUUUCAAGGAAAUUCCCGAUAUACCGGUUAAUCUCAUUACGCGAAACCAUAAUGCGACAGACACUGACAAUCUAGAAAAAAUUCGCCACCAUACUAAAUCUGACAACAACCUUCAAAUCCUGAAAGCCCUUGUUGUAGAAGGAUGGCCUGAAACCAGAGAUGGUUGCCCAGCAGAGGCAAUUGACUAUUUCAACUAUCGUGAAGAUGUUAGUGUUGAAGACGGACUUCUAUUCAAAUGCGAUCGAAUCAUUAUACCGAACUCUCUCCGAAAGGACAUUCUGAAAGCAGUCCACCAAGGACAUCAAGGCAUUGAAAAAUGCAUUCUCCGCGCGAAACAAUCAGUGUUUUGGCCCGGACUGACAAAUGAAAUCAAGCAACUAGUGUCACAGUGUAGCAUUUGCCAAGCGCAUCAGAACAAGCAACAACGUGAGCCAUUGAAACCGCAUAGUAUCGCACAAUAUCCCUGGCAGAGGCUUGCUUCAGAUUUGUUUGAGCACAAUCAAGUGCAUUACUUGCUAUACGUGGACUACUAUUCCAAGUUUCCAGUGGUAAGACGACUAGGAAAGUCACUUAGUUCAGAGACAGUAAUCGCAUUUACCAAGUCUGUAAUUUGCGAAUACGGAAUACCAGAAGAACUUGUGUCUGACAAUGGUCCACAAUAUGAUAGCUACGCAUUCAAAUCAUUCUGCGCUUCUUACGGAAUAAAACACACAACAAGCAGUCCUCACUAUGCCCAGAGCAACGGCAUGGUAGAAAAGUGUGUACAGACUGUGAAAAAACUCAUCCUUAAAGCACUAGAUGCAGGUGAAGACGCUAAUAUCGCCUUACUGAACUAUAGAACAACACCCGUCUCGAGUAACAUCGCUAGUCCUGCGAAACUACUCAUGAGCCGGGAGCCGAGAACGACAUUGCCGAUGAAGAGAUCACUCCAUCAGUGUAGACCUACUGAUAAUGACAGUACUAAGGAGGCUUUACAGCACCGACAGGAUCUACAGAAACACUACUACGACCAAAGAGCCAGAGCAGAACCGUUUCCUGAGCUACAAACCGGACAAAAUAUUCGCGUCCAAGACCCCAAGUCAGGAGUCUGGAACCCUGGUUAUGUAACUGAGAAACUGUCAGAACCACGUUCAUAUACUGUGAAAACUGAUAAGGGUACAUACCGCCGCAACAGAAAAUAUUUGCGUGCAACCAAUGAGCGAUUCACAGAUGAACAAUUAAGUGAACCUGAGAACUUUGACAUUGAAACCAAUGAGUAUCCGGGUGAUAUCACACCUCCAACUCAGCCUAAGAACACUGCUGAAAGCACUGAUACUGGUAGUGGUGAUAAGGUCUAUCAGACUAGAUCUGGUCGUUCAAUUCGCAAACCAAGCAGAUAUGAUAAUUAA